AUCACUUUGAGGGCUGCUCCUGCUAUACCACCACAGACCAGCCAGACCUGCAUGCCCACCUCCUGGUGGAAACUAGCUGCUGGAUGACCUAUGAACUUCCCAACUACAUGGGCCAUCGGUACUUCCUGAGGAAGUGAGAACAUCCUGACUACCAGCACUGGAUGGGCUUCAGUGACUCAUCAGGUCUUGUAUCAUCACAGCACUCCAGGAGCACAGCUAGCUACAGAUCUGACAGGAACGACUUCAUGGAUAACUGCCCAUCUCUCCAGAAGGACUUUCAUUACAGGGACAUCCAGUCCUCUAAUGUACUUGAAGGAAGCUGGGUUUGCCUGCACUUCCAAGGACAGCAUUACCUCCUGAAGCCUGGCAAGUACAGGCAAUUCACCAACUGUGCCACGACUGCCAAAGUUGGAUCCUUCCAAACAACAGUGGAUACUUCCUAA